ACCAAGUCUCGUUUGAUGUCGUUUACUUCGAUAACACAGCGAGACUUUACCUAUCGGUGUAAUGAAAACUGUCCUUCGUGAUGUCACCGUGCCGUGGGCGACACGUGACAGCUGCCACCUGCCAGUGAUGUUGUGUUUUGAAAGAAUACUUUGUGUAGAAACCGCUACAUCUUUCAAUGACUCCAUCUACACCUUUCACACGGGACAUCUACACCUUUCUCUGGCUUCAUCUACAGAUUCUACACCGUUUAUUCCAUGCAUCUCCACUGACGACUGGCAACAGGUCCUCCAGUCAGCGGCCGCUCGUGGCGUCAGGUGGGCGGCACCACGACACCCUCCCCCACUUCAAGGCCCCACCCAGCCCUGGGCGGACACAUCAAAGAGGUGAGGUGCGUAGCGGGCAGGUAACAGACCAGGAACGUGGAGUGAGGGAGGGGGUCCAACGAACAGGGAACGGGAAGGUGGGUGAGCGGGGGGGGAGAGAACGGGAACACCAGCCAGCCAGCCAUUCGCUGUAACCCCCCAACCACCACCACCACCCUCAAUUCCCUCCCCAGCAGGGAGGAGCUGUGUUUGAGAUCUUAGAUGAGAGCUGGCGUCCUCCUCCUUGACUGAUCGACUCGCAGAACUAUUUUUCCCUCUCUCCAUUCCCCACCCCCUCCCUCCACCAUAUCCAGGUAGCAGUCAUCUUCAAGUCGUAUCAGUGGAUGAAGCCGUUUAUUAGUGUUACUGUGAGAUGCUCUGACCAUUCGACUUCGUAAGCAAUGGAGGAGAUGUAAGAGAGAAAAAAAAAAAAAGAAAAAAAGUUGGAAGGCAGGGAAUUUUACUCUGGCCAGACUUGGGGUCGACAACCUAAGGUCUUGAUUUUCCAGUUCGGAGGCUUUGAAGAUGCGGCGGAAGGCAGACUGGGAGGCCAUCACCCCUGGACUUUGUCUCCUCCUUCUGUCUAUCCUGACCACAUCUAGAGGUCAGCCCCCUACACUGCCUCGCGCAUGCUCAGCCCUGCCCCCAGUGGACCUGCUGGAGGAAGCGGUUCCAAGGGUGGACCAACUUCCGGCCGGCGUCAGCCUGGUGUACGACAGCCACAGCCACGUGCACGCCUUCACCUUUGCGCGCGACGCCAGCGACAUCUACCUGCGUGCCGACCGCCUGCUGACCGGCUGCCAGUUCUUCCCUUACGAGUUCUCCGUCUUCAUGUCCAUGAGGAUGAUCAGGUCCCCCCGGCGCGAGGAGUGUCUGCUGUCCCUCUACGACGAGGGCUCUCGUCAGCGAGUCGUCUCCGUCGUCCUCUCCCACGACCGCCUGGUCUUCCAGUUCAAGGACAAGCGCUACAAGUUCAGAAACAACGCAUACAGAGACAAAAAAUGGCAUACGUAUGGCUUCAGCAUGGCCGCCGACUCUGUUGCCAUGACGACGGACUGCCGAGACAAGCGGGUGCGGUCGGUGCACACCCCUUUCCCCAAUUUCCUUCCACUGGCCAACACGUCCUUCAGUCUGGGGCGCUGCAAGAACCACCGCACCGUUUUCCAGGGUAUGCUCAAGGAUGUCAUCUUGGUGGCGGGGGCGGACGCUGUGGUGCGGGCGUGUCCUCCCAAGCAGACGAUACGACAAGGACUGGACAACAUCAUCAAGACUUUCCCUGGUUACAACCCCCUUCCCACUUUCUCCACGGGCCCCAGUCAGUGCGAGUGGACCGACGUGGGAAACAUCGCCUACGACAUCUACGCCAGCAAACUCAAGGUCUGCGUCAACGGCGUCUGGCGAGAGGUUUCCAUUGGCACAGAGAAGAGGAAGCUGGACUACUUCGUGCAGCACCAGCAGAUCGACACGGGUGCGGAGUCCCUAGACGUGGAGGUCUUCACGAUUCCAGACGAGGGUCGGUUUGCGGUCUUUGCCAACGCAGCCUUUGGAGCUGGACGCCCCAGUGUGUCCACCCUCUUUAAGUGGGUCAACGACCGCUUCGAACUCUACCAAAGGCUGGAGACAAAUGCAGCACAGUCGUGGGAGUUCUUCGAGAUAAAAAGUCAGUUUUUCCUUGCAGUGGCCAACUACGGCAACUCGACGGCCGAGCAGGCCAACUCCACCAUCUUCAAGUGGCGCAAGAAGCGCAAGAAGUUUCGCGCGUAUCAGCAGCUGCCCACGUGGACAGCUCGUGACGUGGAGCAUUUCACCAUCGGCGACCAGCACUACUUAGCGGUGGCUAACCACGCUCAAGGUGACAAGAACCUGGUGGACUCGGUGAUCUACCUGUGGGAGGAGCGCGAGGGAGUGUUCCGCGAGCAGCAGCGGAUCAUGACUGUGGGGGCGUACGACUGGACACACUUCACGGUCAGCGGCUUCCACUUCCUGGCGGUGGCCAACGCCUUCACCGGACAGACUACACUGACCGACUCGGCCCUCUACUUCUUCCGUGACGACACCUUCGUGCAGUUUCAGACGAUGGAGACAAACGGAGCCACAGACUGGGAGUUCUUCACGAUUGGCGAUGAGGUUUUCCUGGCCGUGGCUAACGCUUACAACUACGGUCCACAGAACUACCUCGACGUCGACAACUAUGCCACCAACUCCACCAUCUACCGCCUGAACCAAUCCAAACGAGUGUUUGAGAAGUACCAGUCUAUACCUACUUACAGCGCCAUUGACUGGGAGUACAUGCGGCUGGGGGAGGACCACUACCUCAUCGUCUCCAACGCGCAGAACGGUGGGGAGGGGCAGCAGUUGCUGAGCAUGGUGUACCGCUGGCAGGGGGUCGAGCGGUUUGUACCUGUCCACGCCAUGGCCACGCUGCCCAACGCCGACCUCGACGCCUUCAGCGACGGGGACAACGUGUAUGUGGUGUCGGCCAGCGCCAAGAGCGCCACCUCGCAGCUGCUGAGGGUCAAGUUCGUGUAGAGGACCUGGCAUCCACAUGAAGUGUUCUACACUGGUCACAAGUAGUCACGCACACGCACGCACGCACUCUGUCACACACGCAUUCUCUCUCACACACUUUGCAGUCUAGCUGAUGCAAUGACAGCUGAACAGUUUGAACGACUGUACCAGACACCUUGGCCUCUUCUCAGGAAUAGUUUGUGUAGGCAGCCAUCUCUACUUCUCUCACUGACGAUACGUCUGGUGGUCCCACAUCUCGGGUGGCGACACACACCAGCGGAGUGUCAGACAACUGGGAGCAGUAGCCUCAAGAACUCUGUAUAAUAGCAGGCGGAUGCAGGCAGACGCACUGAGUGCCAAGACACACCACAAACCACCUACCUCACUUGUUUUACAUUCCUUUGUAAAUAAUCUUCCAUUUUACUUUUCCCUCAGCGUUGGUGCUAGUCAUCUGCGCCCAGAAAAAAAAAAUCUUAAGGACAACCUUUGACCUUUUCGGGGGUGGUAAUCCAAGCAAACUUGGUUCCCACUCGUUACUUAUUCAAGAUGUACAUCGCAAUAUUUGGUAAUAUAAUCAGCAUGAUAAUACGGUCACAUGACUCAUUAUCGCAUUCACGGGACCGUUACCCUCUAAUCGUACUUCAGUAUUGCUCUUAGGCGUGAAUGGCUGUUUGUUCAUCGUCUGCUUUAGGAUGACUGUACAUACAGCGUAUUUAUCUGAAGCAUUAUUUGUUGAUGCUGCAGUGCAUCAUGGAACUAGUAGACGCGAGGUACACAAGCAGAGACAACUCGUUCUUGAAGGUGGCGCUCAGUGCUCCCCCCGGAAGCGGGAACAUUUUAUGUAAGUGGGGAACAUUUUAGGUAGAUGUGUACAUGUAAUGGGGGAUGGAGAGAAACAAUAGCUUGAAAAAGAAAUACUUUAUUCGAACCAUAAUGGGGGCAUUCUAAACACACAAGCUAAGCACAGUUCACAAAUAAACUUCUGCGACUGAAAUAUUUAUUAGGCGGGGGGUGAGCCUGCCAGUGACAUGUGACUGUCCACCUGACAAAUGUUACUCUGUGUGUAUGUGACACAUCUAGCAGGAAGUCGCACGUCACACACAGCAUAUGCAUUCAUGAUGUACAUGGCAUCCACGUGACUGUCCUGUAACAUGUCCGAGGGCACAACGAUCUUUAAUAUCUUUCUGUUAUUUCCACGAGACUGGCGGACCAUUUCCCGAAUUUAAAGAAUAAGUGAUGAUAAGUCAGUAAUUAUGCAAACGGUAUUAUUAUUCUUUGAUGUAUCUUUAACUUGCUGGUGUAUCGUUUGAUAUUCUCAUAAACUACAUGAUCAUGUU